AUGCAUAAUCAAAAAAGGAAAGGAAGGACCGCAGUAGUAAUUACGCCAGCGGAUGGAAGGAAGGAAAAUUUCAUAGAUAAAUGUAUAAGAUGUGGGAAAAUCUUCACGGAAGAUUGGGAACACAUAUGGAUAUGUGAAGAUAACGAUAUAUCAAUUGAUGAAAUCAUACGAGAAUCACCAUAUAAUUUCGAAAAAGUUUUGGAUAACUCUAACCAAACCGAAGAACUAGAUAUCUUAAGAAACUACAAUUGUGAAUUUAUUAAUAUAAUAGAAAGUCCUUCAAAUAUUUUGUUGGGGAAAAGCAGAAAAUGGGAAUUAUUAAGAGGGAUUUAUAAUAAUAAAUUCAAUGAUUUAUCUAAAGAGAAAAAAGUUAAAGAUCUAAUCAAAAAGCUUUGGAUGUUCACGUAUGACGAGAUUAAGAAACGAAUAUGGAUACCACGAUGCGAAGAAAUUAAAAGAUUAGAAGAAAGAGAACAAAUUAAAAAAAUAGAUCUUAGAAGGAGAAGAGCCGCAAACGAUGAUAUAGUAGAAGAUGAAAUCGACAAGGAUAUAUUACCAGGAAAAAUGAAAAAACAAAAAACAAAAGAAAAUUUAGUUAAAAAAGAAAAAAAUACAAAUAUAAAUAGACAAAUUAGCUUAGUAACGUUAGACAAAUUGAAAGGAUUAAUCACAGAAGGUAUUAAUAUAGCUAAAUCUUGGAAUUCAACAAUUAAAUUAACGAACGCUCUAGUUUAGAUUUAGUUUAGCGAUAUUUAGAUAUAGCGUGAAAUUUUUAUUACGAUUUUUACGAUAGAUUUAGGUGAUUUAGUUAUAGUUCGAUAAAUACUUAGUUAUAGGG